AUAUCGUCAAAAUUGGAGGGAAAAGGUCUCCAUUACAAAACUUUCUUUCCCUUCUCUUUCUUCCUCAAUACUCUUCGCCCUCUUUCUAAUUUCUACACAGUGCCACUAGAACAAACACAGUAGAGUAGUACUAGUAGUUUUAAAAUUUCAAAUAUUUCAAACUUUACCAAUCCCCAUUUCUCUUCCCAGAAAACCCUAGGGAAAUCAGAGGCAAAAUUGACUGAACUUCAAUUCUUAAUCCAAUGGCAGUGGAUACCAAUUUGGCUUCGUUAUUUGAGAAAUUAAAGUUGGAAGAUCUGUAUGUUCCACCCAGACCUUGGGAAUCAAUUCCUUCAGAAUGCGGCGGCAUUUCUUCUUCCAAUUCCGCUAACACUAAUCGGUCUUCCCAUGUUCAAUACUCCACUUCCGCCGUUUCUGAGUCUAGCUUGGUGAGACUGACAUUGGAUGCUCUGCAAGGUGUAGAAUCAGUUCUGAUAUCUAUUCAAAAGCUUUCUGCUUUAUUUUGUUUUGAUUCAGCUGAUAGAUCCUUCCAUCAUAUCCCAAGUUUGUUGACACGGACUUCAAGCACCCUUGCUUUGGGAAAUCUACUCAAAUCUAUUGGGCGUUUUGGUUGCAUCAUUUUCCUCCUUCACAAAUUUGUCGAUCAUUUUACAUGUUUAACUCCAGAUGGGAAUUCAGAUGAGGAUGAAGUUCAAAAGUAUGAUGCUAAUGAUGGUGUGGGACGUCGAAUGAGCAAUCAUACACUUGUUAAUCAGGCUUUCGCAAUUUCUGUGGCGAAAAUCUUAGAUGGGUAUACCUCCGCCCUAAAUACACUAUAUGCUUCUGUCAAUUUUAGGCGUUGCUUGAAGUCCAAGGGUGGAGGCUGUUUUACUAGUGUUGGGCAUGGCGAAAUUACAUUGCUAGAGGCUUAUCUGCACUCUGCAGGACUAAGAACUCAGCUGGAUGUGCUUGGUAAUAUCUGCAAUAUGAGUGAUCUAGCUCUUAGAUAUUCUGAAUUAUCUCUUGAAGAAAUAAGUGCCAAAGCGUUUUUAGAGUUUAAUAAUUUCCCCAGAAGUGGUGCUCUGCUCACUUUCUUGUACACACAACUAAAGAUGGCUGAUCCAGCCCAUUGUGCUCUCCUGAAGUUCCUGUUUCUACGUUCAUGGGAACCGUACUGUGGAUUUAUUAGAGCAUGGAUUUUUGAAGGUAGAAUUGCUGAUCCUUUUAAAGAGUUCAUCGUGGAAAUUGUGAAAGAGCAACCUGAUCAUGAGCCGGGUAACACUGGAAUCUCUAAUGACUUCCCAUUAGCAAGUGUUAGGGUGCGACAGGGAGUUUUACCUUUGUUUCUGGAGGAUUGUUUGCUUCCCCUUUUCCGAGCAGGUCAACAGCUUCAAAUAAUAACAAAGUUACUUGAGUUCUGUGAUACUUUUGGACCAUUUAACGGUAUUCAUGAAGAACUCCUUCCUGGCAUCGAUGGGUUUUCAAGCGAAUUCCCAAGCUUCAGAUCGUCCUUGUUAUUUGAGAAAGGAACUAUUGAGACAAUGGUGGUUUCAAGAAACAGUUAUUACCAAAGGAUGCUGGAGAAAGUUGACAAUGUUUUCACUAAGAUGGAAUUCAGAUUUCGGGAGGUAAUUUUUCAGAGGCCACUGUUCCAGUAUCAUCUUUCUUAUAUAUCUUUUGCUUUCCUCUACAGCUGUAGGAUCUGUGAUUUUUUUUUUCUUUCUAGGAUAACAAGGUGUGUUGAAUCUUGGCUAAUUGCUUGCGCUGGUUUAUCUAUUAGAAACUAUGAUUUCUGUAUGAUUGUUUAUCCUGUUAAAGAAUCUCUAAUUUGAUAUCUUCUGAGAGAUAACAACAACAACAACCAAAAAAAGAAAUCCAGUGUAAUCCCACAAGUGGGGUCUGGUGAAGGUGGUGUUUACGCAGACCUUAGCCCUAUUUUGUGAAGGUAGACAAGCUGUUUCCGAUAUAUCUGCUGAGACAUGAUUAAGUAAUUAUUUUUGUGCUCUCUCUAACAUCUUAAACCUUUCGAUAAGAUGGUGACAUACCUCAACAUGGUAUGAGAGCAUGCAGAGGCCCAGGGUUCGAGUUUCCCUGCCACCCAUUUUUAAAAAAGAAUCCACGUGUUUGGUCCGUGAAAAAGAAUUAGGUCCGCACAUGAGUGGGCGUGUUGAGGCAUAAUUAAGUAACUAAAAGUAUUUUCUCUCUAACAACUUAAGCUUUUAGAUGAGAUGGUUACACACUUCAACAAUAUACGAUGUGGGAACACCAACUUUUACUUCUGCUUUUCACUUCUGACUCGAGGUAGUUCCUGCAGUUGUUCUGGUUUAUCUCGUUAUAUAUUGGAGAUUCCACUGAGAUUGAAUAAUCUCGUACUUAAUUCUUUGCAGGGAUGUUAAACAUAGUCUGGAUAGCUGCUUUACUUUUGGUAAUGCCUAGAUAUCAGUAAAAAGUUUCAAGGAAGAGUUCUUUUGCCUCCUGAAAAUACUGCACUAGUAUUUUUGAAGUAUGAAUUCUGUUUAAAUUAGGGAGAAGAAUAUGGAUUAAUUUAGAUAUUGAAGUAAAAAAAAAAUGCCAACAGCAGGUGAUGAAUCUUGUCUAAAAUAAAUUAAGUUUUUCUCUUCUCCACUACAAGAUGGUGAUUAUUUUAAAAGACAUGUUAGAUAUUCUAACCUGGUCCAACUUAUUUAAUUCUUUCUAAACCUGCCUGCUGCCUUGGAAAAUGUGAACAUCAGAGGCCUGACAUGAUGUGGAAGUUUUUUUGUUUAAAAGUUCAGAUUGUGGUCUUUUUCAAUGAUUCUGAUAUACCCAUUGAUACUGGGUUCUAGUUGAAGUAUGAAAUCUGUUUAAAUGAGGGAGAAAAUAUGGAUAAAUUUAGAGAUUGAAGUUAAAAAUGCCAACAGCAGGUGAUAAAUCUUGUCUAAAAUAAAUUUAAGUUUUUCUCUUCUCCACUACAAGAUGGUGAUAAUUUUAAAGAUGUGUUAGAUAUUUCUAUCCUGGUCCAACUUAUUUGAUUCUUUCUAAACCUGCCUGUUGCCUUGAAAAAUGUGGACAUCAGAGGCCUGAAUGAUGUGGAAGUCUUUUUGUUUAAAUGUUCAGAUUGUGGUCUUUUUCAAUGAUAUUGAUAUACCCAUUGAUACUGGGUUCUAGUUGUUCUUUCUACCAUAAAGUGCUGCAAAGUUACAUCUGAUACGUGUUUCUAAGAUACUUUUGGAAUAUCAAUUAUCAACAAAAAGUGCAAGCUAAUAGUUUGGUAUUAGUUUGCUAUAUUUUGUUUGUUCAUUGCUUGGUGAGUUCAAGUCAAGAUUCGUUCAGCGAGGUUGAAUAUAAAGAAAGAGAUAGGUUCCGGUAAAAGAGUGAUAUUGGACUCAACCUGUUCUGGAGUUUUACGUACACAACUUUCACUUCAUGAAAAGGAACACUGGCUUUCUUGAUGUCAUAAAAUCUUGAGUUCUUGAUCUUUUAUGAUCUCCUAACAGCAAUGUGAUGGAAUUUUAAAUUUUUUCCUUUUUUCUGGUCUUAAAUCGUUCUCUAUAAUGACAUGUUUUUACUCUAGAAUAGUAGGGAACAAUCUUUUUUCCCCCUUAGUUUGGAUGAAUUUUUGGGGGAGAGCAAGGGCAGUUAAUAUGAAAAUUGACAAAAACUCUAGUUCCUUUCAGGUAUAAAUGAAAGGGAAAGAAACCUUCUUUGGCGAAAUCUGUGAUGCCAAAACUGACCUUUGAUAUUAUGAACUUAAAAAUGCAUAUAAAUGUAUUAAAGUCAAGGUAAUACCAGUUUGUUCCUUUUUUCUUUAGAUCAAACCCCAAACUAAAAUUUGAUGCUCCUUUCCAUUCUUCUUGUCUUCUUUACUUUUUUUUUUCUCCCUUUCUUGUUUUUGAUCUAAACCAUCCAUUGUUUCAUAUAGUUUUCCACCUGUAGAUGAUUUUCCAAGUCCUGCUACCAUGGAUGGAAAAAAGUGAACAUUAGAGAAUUUAAUUUGUCCAGUAAAAGGUCGUGACAAUCCCUCAAUAGAAGUGUCACUUUUCCUUUUUCUCAUGUAUCUUUUUCCAAUGUAAUAAUAUGUGAAAAAUGAAAUAAAUGACAAUUUGUUUUU